CUCAUAGAGCUGACCGCGCGACACAGCGUCUGCAGUCUUUGACCAGGACCAGGCAAGCCACACAGAAUCCGUCCCGCCAAGUCACAACUUGACUCAGACGCGUCGCACUUGCUUACAACCUAAAUACCUUCGGGGCACAGCCGCGUCGGCACGCUGGCGCUACGCCUCUUAAGCCUCAGCCGCGCUGCUCCACGCCUCGCCUCGCGAGCGGCAGCUGCGUUUGCCCCUCGCCUCGUCCCCACCCCGGUCCCCACUGCUUCUUUCGGGACAACCCUCCUCCUGGUCCGCCGCUCAGUCGCGGCUAGUGCAACCAUGUCCAGUAAGCGCAAAGCCACGGAGGCGCCGGCCGCGGGCGAGGACGGCGCCGCGGGCCCUUCCAGCAAGAAGCAGGCAGCUGCGUCGGCCUCUGCUGCUGCCGCUGCGGCGGGCGCUGGCUCGGCCGCUGCCGGCGGGGCGCUAGUGAACCCCAAGCGCGUGCGGGUGCUCAAGCCCGGCAGCAUUGGAAAGGGGCCCGUCGUGUACUGGAUGUCUCGCGACCAGCGCCUGGCGGACAACUGGGCGCUGCUGCACGCCAUCGAGGCGGCGCAGGGCGCGGCGGGCAGCAGCCAGGUGGCGGUGGCCUUCAACCUGGUGCCUGCCUUCCUGGGUGCGGGCGCGCGGCAGUUCGGCUUCAUGCUGCGCGGGCUGCGGCAGCUGGCGCCGCGGCUGGAGGCGCGCGGCAUCAAGUUCUACCUGCUCAAGGGCGACCCGGCCCACACCCUGCCGCAGCUGGUGUCGGGCCUGGGCGCGGGCCUGCUGGUGACCGACUACUCACCGCUGCGCCUGGGCCGCACCUGGAGGGACCAGGUGUGCUCGGCUCUGGGCUCUGUGCCGGUGCAUGAGGUGGACGCCCACAAUGUGGUGCCGGUGUGGGCCGCCAGCGAGAAGCGGGAGGUGGGGGCACGCACGCUGCGGCCCAAGAUCCACAAGGCGCUGCCCGAGUUCCUCCGCGAGUUCCCCGAGGUGCCCACGCUGCCCGCCUGGACUCCGGCUGUGGCGCCGGAGGCUGUGGACUGGGACGGCCUGAUCUCGGAGGUGCUGUCGCGCGGGGCGGACGUCCCAGAGGUGGAGUGGUGCACGCCAGGCGAGGAGGCGGCGCUGGAGGCGCUGACCGGUCCGCGCGGCUUUCUGUCCCCAGCGCGCCUGUCGCUGUACGACACCAAGCGCAACGACCCCGCCACCCCCUCCGCGCUGUCUGGCCUGUCGCCCUACCUGCACUUUGGGCAGCUGGCGCCGCAGCGGGCGGCCCUGGAGGCGGCCAAGCACCGAGCCAAGUACAAGGCUGCAGUGGAGUCGUACCUGGAGGAGCUGGUGGUGCGGCGCGAGCUGGCCGACAACUUCUGCCACUACUGCCCCACAUACGACAGCCUGGAGGCGGCGGCGGAGUGGGCGCGCGACAGCCUGGACAAGCACCGGACCGACAAGCGGGAGUUCCUGUACACCCGCGAUCAGCUGGAGUGCGGCGCCACUCACGACGAGCUGUGGAACGCGGCUCAGCUGGAGAUGGUGCACGUGGGCAAGAUGCACGGCUUCAUGCGCAUGUACUGGGCCAAGAAGAUCCUGGAGUGGACCCAGGGGCCGGAGCAGGCCAUCGAGUGGGCCAUCUACCUGAACGACCGCUACGAGCUGGACGGCCGCGACCCGGGCGGCUACACGGGCGUACUGUGGAGCAUGGCGGGCGUGCACGACAUGGGCUGGGCUGAGCGGGCUGUGUUCGGCAAGAUCCGCUACAUGAACUACAACGGCUGCAAGAGGAAGUUCGACAUCAAGGCGUACGUGGCCUACGUCAGCAAAGCGGUGGCGGAGGCCAAAGCCAAGGGCCGAGCCGCCAAGCUGCCUUCCGCCGCCGCCGCCGGUGCUUCCGGUGCCGCGGCGGCGGGGGCCACGGCGGCGGCGGCGGCGGCGGCAGCGCCUGGGCCAAGCGGCGCGCAAGCGGCAAAGGCGGCGAAGGCGAAGGCGGAGCCCAAAGAGGCGAAGCCGAAGGCGGCGAAGGCGGCGGCCAAGGCAAAGGGCCCUAAGGACGAGAAGGCGGCGGCGGCGGGUGCCAAGCGCAAAGCGGCCAAGCCGGCCAAGUCGGCGUCUUCCGGUGAGGAGGGCUCGGAUGACGAGUAGACGGGGCGCUUGCGCGGGGGUUUGUUGUGGGUUUGGCGGUGGGUUGUGGUGAGGUGUUGGUGGUGGGUGCAUUGGGCAGCCCUGCCUGGAGGACUGUGGGCCGAUGGGCUCAUGGGCAAGUCGCGUCUGACACUGCGUCGCUCGGAGCGGCGGGGGUGGGCAGGUUUUGUUGGGUGGAAUGAGGAGCGGGGUGCGGGCCAGGACCGUGGUGCGGUUGUACGCAUCUUGCGCAUGCGGGGGCGGCUUGGGCCGCUUGCGGAAAUGCCGCAAUGCAAGGCCGCCUGAUGGACUGCCUGCGGACUGAGGUUUCCUCCUUUUAUAUUCUACAGCAUGAAGCACGCAUUCGCACAGGCCGUGACGCGAAAGGUGUGUGGGGGGGGGGCGCGGGUAAGGAGUGCGAGUGUGCAAGUGAUCGUGGAUUCGAUCGUGAUGCUGUUUGCGCAACACUCACGCGAUGGGGCAGCACAUUUCACACAAGCCACUCCGCUGCGGGCAUAUUCUUUCCUCGUUACUAGAACGUAUGUGCGGAAUGGUGCAGGGAGGUGUGUGGGCGUAUCCUGUGUGCACGGCAAAGCAGGCUGCCGUGCCAUGAGGAAGCGUAGCGGUCGCGAGAGCGGGGCCCGGCGAGACGCCUAUCAGGCACUGGUUGCUGGAUGUAGCUGCAUGCUGAACGGCCACCGCUUAUGCCAAAGUUCCGGAGGGCCGAACGAGGGCCGAACCCUCUUUCCGAGUCAGGAUGCCCGAAAUGAAGUGUGUAUGGCUUGCCGCCGGGCCGAGCAGCUGAGCGACCGGUCGUGAUGUAUAUUGCAAGCUUAAGAAGCCGGUAACCUAGGCCUCAGAGACCGAACGCAAAGAAUGCAAAGCGACGGAACGGUUGGUCGUGUUAUCUGCCGGCUAUAGAAACCGCUUUUUGGGAGGCGGGCAGACGCAUGCAGAUGAGCAGGCGUCGAUUGCAGUACCACAUUAGCGCAUGUUGUAUCAUAUAUACAGAGAGC